AUGCUUAUCACUCGGCAUUGUCAACAGAGCUCAGACGACUUAUUUACAUGUGAACGGGUGAUGCUCAGGUUCUUGUCGGGCAAAUGCGAGCCAAGAGGCUUAGACUUCAAUGUCUGGGACUACUCCAUGCCCGAGAUAUACGGCAUCAUCCUCGGCAUGUUUACCAAGUUGGGUCUGGUUGAAUGUCUAGGCAUUUCCGAAAGUGAUCUCCUUGACUUUAUCAUCGAUGUCGACAAGGGUUAUCAUGCUACAUACUAUCAUUCAUUCUACCAUGCGGCCGAUGUCACUGCUGUUCUCUAUCGCAUCUUGUUUGACAUGAAUGCUUCUCAAUACCUGACCAAGCCUGACAUGGCUACGCUCUUACUCGCUGGCCUUUGUCAUGAUAUUGGACAUCCUGGCCUCAACAAUUUAUUUCAAGUGAACGCAAAGACAGAGCUCUAUGAACGAUACGGAGAGGCUUCAGUCCUUGAAAAAUACUCAUGCUCGCUCGCUAUGGAACUUGUUGCAAAACAUAAGCUCUUCCGUAACAUUGCCUCCUCUCCUGAUGCUAUCCUCCCUGAGGGUAACCAUCCGACCGAGGACGGAAUGAAGGAUGCCAUGAUCAAGGCCAUCAUGGCUACAGACAUGUCCUUCCACUAUGACAUGCUUAACAACCUCAACACUCUUAUCGAAGUCAUCUCCACUCCUUUGUCUUCUCCAUCCAUUUCCGACAAUGAGCCCACAGAAGCUGAAUCUGGUCCAGACACUUCCCUUCAAUCAUCACCCACACAGUCUAGCUUUAGCUGCAAUUGUACAGCAUUAUCAUCACCAACUGUUUACAAAAUCCCAUCAUUAUGCUCACGGUUUUCAUCCUGUCCUGUCGCUCAGCAACCAUCGCAUAUCCAUCACCAUGAUCACCAUCGUCGACAAUCCUCAAUCAGCUCAACAUCAUCUAUAUCUUCAAGUGACUCUGGAUGCUCCGAAGAGUCAACUCAAACAACACACAGCCUCGACAUGGGUCGCCCAUCAUUUAAUUUGACCCCAGAGCUUCGGCAGAGUUUAUGUAACUGCCUCUUGCAUGCCGCUGAUAUUUCGAACGCCGUGAAGCCAUGGGGACUUUGCAAACGAUGGUCUGAUAUGAUCGUUCAAGAGUUCUUUCGACAGGGUGAUAUUGAAAAGGCUCGGAAUCUGCCCAUCUCUCCCAACAUGGAUCGGAACCAGCAUAAUCAGGCACAAAUCUCACUCGGAUUUGCCGACUUUGUGGUACGGCCGUAUUUCGAAAGCUUAGCCGCAUUUUUACCCGAUGCAGCGCCUUUCCUUACGACACUGGCCAGUAACCGAGCACAAUGGCUCCUUCAAAAGGAAGCCUUGGAAGCGGCGAAGGAUAUGUCCAUGAAUACAUGUGUUGCCACCGUCGCGGAAACACAUGAGACUAACGGCAUUAGCUCACCUAUACAACCGCAUCUGACAACUGGCCGUCGCGUUUCAGGUAUUUUUUUUUUUUUUUUAGAAGGGGGGAAAAGUUUUUUUGGCAUGAUAGCAAAUCGAUCCAUUCUUGUUCUUAACAUGAGCAAGUUAAUUGUUUUUUUUUUUUUUUUUUUUUUUUUUUUUUUUUCCUUUUGGUAG